GGAAAGACAACGUGUGAAGUCCAUAGAUGUUGCUGCACAUCAUACACAUGUUGACUCAAGAAAGAAAGCAGCUACUGUAAUUCAGGCUGCAUUCCGUGGUUACAAGUCUCGAAAAUCGUUACUUCCAUUUGAUACUGAGAAAUAUGACGUGUAUCGUAGCCCUAUCAUUGAGGCAUUGCUGUUGAGAACAGGGCACAGCUGGAAUGAAGCACAGCAAGCAGCCAUGUCCAUUCAGCAUGCAUAUCGUGCAUAUAAGUUCAGGCGAGCUUUUGCUGUAGAAGCAGAACCCGCACUCAAGCCUAUGGAUGUCAUUCAGUCAAUUAUUGACGCUACACAUCAUACUUUGUCACAGGCUUCAGUUGCUGCUAUUUCUAUACAGCGCAUUUAUCGAGGACAUGCUGCGAGAAAGUAUGUGAAACAACUGAAAACAGAUGUUGCCACAGAUAAUAUUUUAAACAAACACAAUAUAACAAGGGAGCAAGCCAGUGUAGCUUGUGUAUUAAUACAGAAAAUAUUCCGUGGUUAUUCUGCCCGAAAAGCAUACAAGGAGAUGCUUCAAGGGAAAGGAGAGUAAUAAAUUAAAGCCUCGAUUUAUUCACCAAG